AUGACAUUGAACGAGGCUAUCCACAAAUACUUUAGCGUAAACAUAAAACCGGAAGAUCGUUUACCAAAAGUGUUAUGUUGUUAUUGCUUCAAAUUAAUUAGCGCCCUAAUCGACUUCAAUGAACGCAUAUUCAAAGUGCAGAAAUUAUUUUCAACUUUUAAUUCGAAUUUUAGUCAACCGUUCAGAUUACAUUUAAUACCAGAACGCGAAAUUCACGAUUUCUGGAAAUUGAAAUCUAUUAAUACAGGAAUGAAGGAAAAUAUUGGCAAACGUAAGCUUUCAGUGAAAUUUAAAGAUGAAAUUACCGAAGAAAGUAAAUCACAAAUGACUAAAAAUCUUCGAGAAAAGAUACAGAACAAAGAAGGAAAGAUAAAAGAAUUUAAUAAUUCCUUUAGUAACAUACAAAAAUUUUCUGAGAAUGAUAAGGAUGCUUCUCAAAAUAGGAGAAAGAAGAAAAAAACUACAGUCAAAAGUAAUGAGAUUUUCCUUAAAAAGAACUCGCCAAAUAAAAAAUCCGUUUUAAUACAAGAAUUUAAAAAUAAAAUGGAAAUGGAAGAACUUAUUGAUACCAUAGGAAAUGUGUUUAAUGAAAAGGUUGGAAAUAAGGACGAGCCACGUCCUAAGCAAGAAAACAAUAAAACGAAUAGAAAUGAGAUAAAGCAAUUUGGAGAAAAAGGAUCGAAUGAAACGAAAGAGUCAAUUAAUACUGUCACAGUAAAUAUGGCAAAAGAUAAUAAUAAUGACCUCCUUCAGGGAAAAAGUAAAACAUUACAUAAGUCUUCCACAAGGGUACAAGACUUUGAAUUAGAUAUCACUUGUAAAAAGUGUGGCGAACAAUAUAAAUCGUUUUUUCCAUAUCGGCAGCAUUUAAGAUCGGCACAUUCGGAGGCAUGGUGUGGUGGCAAAUGGACAUGUCCUGAUUGCGAUGCAACUGUACUGUCGAGUGCUGGAUUAGCGCGACAUGUUUUGUUGCAUAACAAUUCCCAUCACGAAAACAUUUAUAAAUCUUCCCCGAAUUUAGGGGACAUUAAAAUGAAAAUACCGUGCAAAAAAUGCGACAUACAGUUCAAAUCUUUUUUUCCAUACCGUCAACAUUUAAAAGCUGCGCACAACUUGGGAAAAAUUCAUGACGAAUGGACGUGUCCCUUCUGUGGAAGAAUAGUAUUUUACAUUUCAACUUUUCGAUCUCAUCUUUUGACUCACAUACCAGGAGGAGCUAACAAGUCCCACACAUGUUCAGUGUGCACGAAAAGUUUUCGUACGAAAAAUGGACUACGAGAGCAUAUUUUAAGCCAUACGCCAAUGGAAAAAAGCCAUGAGUUGCCAUGUCCAGAAUGUGAUAAGGACUUUUCCUCAAGGACAUGCCUAAAUGAUCACAUAAAUAAUGCACAUAAAAUAGAUGAUCAAAGUUUACAUGGAGGAAGUGGCGUGCCCUUCACUACAAACAGUUUUUCAAAAAAUGACAUGUUUAUCUACGACGAAAGCGCGCCAUUUGAAAGCGGAUUAUGCAAAAAAAAAUUGAGAAACGCUGGCCAACAUAAGGCACAUGAAGAAACGGGCGAUUCCCAAAAAUUUACUUGUACUCUUUGUGGACUACGAUUAAGUGCACUUAACCUUCUAAAUCGUCAUUUAGCAAUGCAUAAUGACAUGAAAUACCAAUGCGAGCACUGUGAGCGCAGUUUCGGAUACAUAAGUGCGUUGAAGGUUCAUAUGUUAUCUCACGCUGGUACUAACCGUUAUAGCUGUAAAUUCUGCGAUCGAACUUUUCCUACUUCAUUAAGCCGUCAUUUACAUGGAAGUAAGAUGCAUCCAAAGGCUGUCAUAAAGGAUUCUGAUGGCUGCUAA